AUGCCGUCUUUCAACCCUAAGACACAAAACUUUACCAUCCUAGGUCCUGAUGGGAAAACCCCGAUCACCAUCUCUAUGGUGGUCAUCGAUGCACUGCGAACCAGGCUUGCCAAUAUAUGCAUAAGCUAUGGAGUGCAACUUGGUCUUAGCUUGAUGGCGCUUCUCGCAGUACUGCUCCUGACUUCACCAGCCCGGAUGCGCAGGUCUCUCUGCUUGGUGCAUGCCAGCUCGCUCGUUGUUGCGGUCAUGCGCCUGAGUCUCUUGAUCCAGUACUUCCCCGGCCCGCUGUCCGAUUACUAUGUCAUCUGGACCAAAGACAGGAGCGCAGUCGACCAGGAGGACUUCAACAUGAACACCGCGGGGAACGCCCUCAACGUCGUCCAGUGGGCCCUCAUAGAAACGGCUCUGAUCAUGCAGAGCUGGGGCUUGAUGAAGACCUGGCCGAACGGCUGGAGACGUCUCACGAGAGCUUCUGCGAUCGUGCUCGCUGUCGUGACGGUCCUGAUCAAGAGCUUGUGGAUCGUGCAUUAUACCUGGGCACUGCAUACCGUUACCCUGCCGGUUACCAUGGACGCCGUUGGGCAGGCGGCGACGGUACUCGGCGCCGCGUCGAUAUUCUACUUCUGUGGAAUAUUCGCCGUCGACUUGAGCGUACACUUGGUUACCACGAGAAGCAUCCUAAAACGCAUGGACAGGGGCUUGACAAACAUGGAGAUCCUGGCCAUCGGGAACGGUAUCCUGAUGGUUUUGCCAAGUAUCUUUGCUGGUCUCGACGUCGCCGCAAACCUCAGCGGCACCCGCAUCCUGCCCUUCGAUGCAGGAUCCUGGGUUAUGACACUCGUCGUCAUCGGGCUCCCUCUGAUUUCGUUGAUCGCCAGAUACCGAGGCCCCACGUCGGCGACGCCGUCUGACCGGGCCUCGCACAGAUUCUCGAUUUUCACAAAUUCCCCGUUCAACCAGAUGUACAAGGCGCGGACAUCCCAGGGGGAGGAAACGGCCUUUGACAGUCCGUCGGGCGGCAGCUUCAUGGCGUCCGCCGAGCCAGCCGGGAAGACAUCGAUGCGCUACGGCAGGAUGGGGUCGUCUCGGUUCGAGAGGAUAGAGAGUCGAGGGCGGUCCGAAGAUGUGGAGUUAGGUAUCCAAGUGCGGAGGGAUGUAUCUGUUGUUGUAGCACCGGGCCUGCCGAGUCGGCCACCGGUGGCCUUAUGA